UCCAGAUUGGGGCAGAUUAGUGGAAACACGUCCUUCCCCAUCUGCCUGGACAGUGCUGUGCCAGCUCCCUGACGGGCUGCCUGGAGCCAGCUUGGGGAAAGCACACAGGGACUUUGGCCUGCCCCCUGAGCCCCCUGGCCAAGCUGAGUAUCCCCAGCCCCUGUCCCUCAGGAGAGUCCCUGAUCCCUGGUGGUGUCACCUCCAGCCCCUCCAGGUCUGUGCUCAGCAAGGACUGCCCAUCUCCCAGAAAUAUCCCAACCUGGCUAAUUAGAAACAUCCAUAAGCAAACAGGAGAAAUCCUUACUGACAAUCCCACUUUUUUUUGGCAGAGAAGAACCACCUCUGAAGCAGAGGAAGGACACACAGCACUGUCCUGGGUGUGGUGGUCCCAAACCACCAGAGUUUCAAGUGAACCCUGCUGAGGACUGAAAUCCAUUUCUGUGGGGUUUCCCCCCUGUGCAAACCCUUCCCUGCUAUCAGGAGCUCCACCCUGCUCUGUUUGUGCCUCAAUUUCCCCAAGGCAUGAGGGUAGCGUCCCUGUCUUGCUUUUCCUAAAGGAAUCAUGAAAAGCAGAGAGUGUUUUUCCUCCCUCUGAAGGUUUGGGUUAAUUUGUGAUGAGGGAGGAAGGAAUGUGAGGACUAAGGAGCCUGGUGCGUAGGCUGUGAGGGGUGAAUUAAUUCUCAUUAAUUCUGUGUUUUUGUAAGGACGAGGCAGCUUGUGGCUGAUUCUCUUCCCUGCCUCAGUGCAGGAGCACCACAGCCCUGUGCUCAGCAAGGACAAGGGUGAUGCUCCAGCCCAGCUCUUUCUCCUGGAUAAAUCCAGCUGCCAUCAUCAUGCUGGGAGUUUUGGCCUCUUCUGCACUAAAGAACCAAACUCAGCCUCUCUCCUACAGCCUUGGGACCACAGAGCACCUUGGGCCACCAGGGGAUACCCUGGUUUGGUGACACGAGGACCUGAAUGCCCCCAGGAUGUUCUGAGGGCUGGGUGCAGCCAGGGCUGCCCACCCACAUCCCCCUCCCCAGCCAAACCUUCCUGCCUGCCCGCUGGGCCAGCCCAGGGAACAUCUGAGCUUUGGAAAAUAAGGAAGGAAAAGCAGAUCUCAAAGCCUGUGCUGGUUGCAAAGCACCGGUGGCAUUUCUUAUGCAGGGCAUAUAAAUAGAUGUUUUUUGGCUUUUUUCCCCCUCUGUUUCGGUGAUGAGCCACUGCAGGGGGCUCUGAGCAUGCUUUGCUUGGUUCCCAUCACAGCUGCUGUUUCUAUCCUGCAUUUCCCUCGGCUCCAGGAGCUGCUGGGGUGACUUUGUGCUCGGGCAGCAGCUCCUGCCAUGAGCUCGGGACACUGGGAGGUCCACAUUCCUUCAUGGAAAGGGACUGCAUGCAAAUGGGAUGGCAGCUGGGGCUCUCCAAACACAGGGCCUUCUUUGAGAGCCCAAAAAGCACAUUCUGAGUCGCAGCUUGGUGACAAUGCCCUAAUCCAGAGGUUCCCUACUCCUGUUCCUUUGUCAUGUGUGGGGUAUGCGCUGUACAGAGUAAAACUGAUGCUAACAAGCCACAGGAGCUGUGCUCCCACAGCUUUAGCUUUAUCCACCCCCGUCCUACCCCCUGCACAUCACUUGGGGGCUUGCCAUCCCUGGAGGGGUCUCACUGCACUCAGUCAGGAGGGUCGGGAUGGUCCAAACCUUUUGGUGCCAAAAGGAGAAGUGCCCUCAUCCCUGGGCACCAAAAGCCACCACCUCCCUCCCUCUGGCCUCAGGAAAAGCUGGAGCCACCAGCUGCCCACACCAGCCACCCCUUCAGAGAGAGGGCUUUGGGGUCAGGGGGUGUUUGGCCACUUCUCCUUUUGCCUGGAGGUGAUUUCCUUCCUGUUAUCUAUCCCAGAGCCUGGCGCCUGCUGCCAGACUGGUGUUCUGUUCCCUGCUCCAGCAUCCCCCUUCUCCCUGCUUCCUCCAGGCUUCUCCCUGCUCCAGCAUCCCCCUUCUCCCUGCUUCCUCCAGGCUUCUCCCUGCUCCAACACUCUCCUUCUCCCCUGCACCAUGCUCACCCUCACCAGGGCUCCCCAUCUCUGUCCCCAUGACUGGAUGCUGGAGUCACAGCUGGGGUGUGCUCUGCCAGAUGUGCAAACCCACCCUGCUGGCCCCAUCCUGUGCUCAGGGGCUCGGUUUGGCUGCACUGGGGUGGGAAAGGGAGGUGGGGAAGUGGGUGAAGGUGAGGGCAGGAUGAGAUGUCUCCCCUUGUAGCUUGCUGCAUGGAGUGACAAGGUGGCAACGGAGCCCACAAACUCCUACAGUGGGGGGAAAACCUCAGGAAAAGGUCUUCAAAAUGCAACAAGUUUGACAAGGAGCUGAGCCGUGGGGAUCUCAGGAUUCCCCAGGAGCCAGGACAGAGGGGAAUCAGCUCCCUGCUCAGUAGGACCAGCUCAGAACAUCCAGGAAAAUCACUGUGAUUCCCAGUGCUGUAUCCCCACUUGAACACAGCCCAGCCGCAGGCUCUGCUCCCGCUCUCCUUUCCCAGCUGACCCACCUCGAUACCGGCAUUUGAAGGGCAGGAAUUUCAAAGGGGAAAAAUGCAAAGGAUCCCGCACCAGGCUGCAUCCCUCCCGGAGCUUCCAGGCAUGGAAACUGUGCUCCCCACCUGGCAGCUGAGCGCACACGGCACCCGGGCUGGAGGAACACAACUCCCACAGAAGUCUCACUUCGGAGCCAGCACAGCGGGCACCAGCUGCUCCUGAGCAUCCCCGAACACCCGGCACGGCUGGAGGCAGCCGCGCUCCUCGCCCUGCCCGCAUCAGCCUCCCGCUGUGGGGAAAGGCAAACGCAGACGCCUCAAAACGCAACGCUCCGGUUUUCAUCCCAGCACCGAAACUCGGCAAUUUAAGAUUGCCACAUCCCAAAAGCUGCGGCUUCCUUUGGAGAAGCCCCGCAGCCGGAGAUGCUCAGCGCGCCGGCACCUCGUGAAUUAGGUACCAAACCACCCCGGAGAGAAAAAUUGCUUUAGAAAGCUGUUACCUGGAUCAUUUUCCCGAGCCCCUGUGCUGCUGCCAGGGAAGGAUCUGUGCCCAAGCCACACAAAACCCCCCUACAUGCCUGGCCACCAAACCAGCUCAGCAAGAGAAGUUCCUAAGCACCGAUGAAAGCAGAGGAGCAAACCGACCACAGUAACUCCGCCUCAGCCGCGGGGAUAUUCGGAAAUCGUUUGCAAGGAGCUUUAUAGAAAAUAGACGAUGGAGUGGGUGCAGCUUUCAAUAUAUUUGCUCUAGGAUAUAGUAACAGGCACUAAAGCAAACACGGGCGGGGGAAUUAGGGCGGGAGCUUCUGCUUGGCUCGUUUUAAAUUACAAAGUGCCGAGACAGCCAGGUCUACGCUACAUUCUAGAGUCAAAGGGCUGCCCCCGCGUGCCCCGGGGACCAUGCACGCAGCCGGCGGAGGCGUUUCCUACAGCUGCAUCGCCUUGUGCCUAGAACGAGCUGGAAAUGUCACUGAACAUAACCUAAUGGAUAAACGGGCUCGGAAGAGCACGCCGCUACCCGGGGGGAGCAGCUGGACGUGUUCUUCUCUUUCCAGCAAAAAGGGAAAAAAAAAAGAAAAAGAAAUCGAGUUAAACUUUGCGCCUGUCAAAUAGAAAUCUAAUAGGAAAGAGAGCUGUACAUGGUCAAAGUCAAGUCGAUGCUCCAGGAACGUCCAGGACAGUUUCAGGGCUGCGAGCGGCUGCGGGCACGGAGCUCAUCCUGCAGGAGCUCGGGAUGGCAGAUGGAGCCCCGGAGAACAAAGAGCUAAUCCCGAGUGACCUGACAUCAUCCCCGCACGGAGAACAAGGUGUUGAGCCGGGCUGCCGCUGAGCACACCUAUUAAACGCGCCCUCUCUGCCAUGAAUUAUGCAUCUCCGCAUUUCCAUUUCCCCACUGCCGCUCCUUUGAUGGAAUUCUCCUCGGCUGAUAAGGAUUAAGCCACCUUCUCCGAGGCGCAGCGCUGUGCUCCAUCAGCCGGGGGUGAGGAUGCUGCUCCGACGUGGGAAAUGGGGAGGAAAUGCAGGCCAAGGCUGGAGCCCGGCUGGGAAAGGCUUGGCAGAGCUCGGGGGGUUGUUUUGCACAAGGUGAGGGUGGGCUGAGCGCUGGCACACCUCACCUGCCAGCUCCUCCUCCCAACAGUCACUGACAUAUUUUAUAAAAAUCCUUCUCACCAGGAUCUUUUCUCCUGAGAAGCUGGGAAGUUUCAGCUUCUCCAUGUUUUGCUGCUUUGGAAUGCGAUUUGGAGAAUUGUUUACCCAGCAGGUGAAUUGUUUUUACUUGAUGACCAAUGACAGCCAGCUGUGUCGAGGCUGUGAGCAGUCACAAGGUUUCAUUAUCAUUCCUUUCCAUUCCAUUCCAUUCCAUUCCAUUCCAUUCCAUUCCAUUCCAUUCCAUUCCAGCCUUCUGGUGUCUCCUUUCUCUAUUGGUUUAGCAUGGUUUUAAAAUAGCAUUUUCUC